AUGACCCAACCCAACGAUCCCCCUACCCACAUUCCACCCUUCGUGAAACCGCUCGCUCCUUACAUCAAGCCCCGACAAGAGGCUCUCCGCAUUCGACAAGCCCUGACAUCGUACCUGCGUUCCUUUAUCGUCUACGAAGAUGCCGACCCGAAUAUCGCCCAAUCCCACCUCGCUCUCUGCGCGCCGACCGACGCCAUCACCGAUGUGAAGCGCAUCCCUGCUGAUCUCCCGGGACUACGGAGGGAAUAUCUAAAGGCACUGCAGGCCAAUGUCGCAGCUAGAAAGGGGUUACAGGCCGUGUCAGAGGAUGUCGCCUCGCUGAGACGUCAACGGGCAACCAGGCACCGCCCUGUUGACCCUGUCGAUCCCCAGGAACCUGGGGCGGAGCUGCGAGAUUAUCUCCUGCUGCUGCGCGAUCGACGUCGUCAUGCCAAACUCAAGGUCUUUGAGCACUAUCUUGCUGAGCUCCAAGCGCAUGGACCUGCGGAUCGGGCAGAGGAUCUCGAUUCCAGGGAAAGUCCCAGCCAGGACUUGUUACUUUCGGCGGGUCUCGAGGCCGAGGGACUCGAUCGUAGCAACUCUCAUACAGACCUCGAAGGUCUGGUUCACAACCUUGAACGAGCAGUGGUGCGUGCCCGGGCGCAAUUGGAUCGGGAGAAGCAGCUCUUCGAGAGAGUCAAGUCGCGACGCGAUUCGAGAGCAGGGUCCCUCCCACGCGAACCCACACCCGCCGUCAAACUCCAAGCCUUACGACGUACUCGUGAUGAGCUGGUUCAAUGGGUUGAGGACCGACUCAUUAGCGAGGGAGACCCCGACGAGAGUAUGGUACAGGAAUUGCCGCCGGAGGAAAUCGAAGAGGCCCAGCAUCUCAUUAGAGAACAAAUGGCCAAUAUCAGCGAGCAAUACGCCGCCUAUCUGAAAGCUCGACGGGAACUACUCGAUGUCGCUUCCAAAGCCUGUCAACCCGUGACCGUGACGUCCAAACCUGCGCCCCGACCAAGCCAACGACCUGACAUCCCUACUGAAGAAGUACCAGCACCCGACCCGCUAGACGUGCUGGUCUUCGCGACGGAGAACCUCGUUCCUCUGUCCAAGAGCCAGAAGGCAAUGGCACUCCAGAAAACCUAUUUAACCGGGCUCCUCGCGAAGGAAAAAUCCACGACCCUCCGGGCUCUGCAUCGUCUCCGAGACGAAAGUCAUCUCCUCCCCGAAUACCCCAUUCUAGCCCGACAACCACGCUUUAAACACGCCGUUGCCGCUCUCAAUUCCCGCAACCCACAACCCCAGAAUACUGAUAACCAGCCCGAUGAGUUGGUCACUCUCGCCGAAGCGUGGUCGUUUGCCUCGAAUGCAGCGGGUUCGCAGGAGCGAGAAUAUGUACAGCAGAAAAUCGCAUUGGGGACGGAGGUUACGCACGAUGCGCGCAAGACACUCGGCGAAGUGUAUGAUAUACUCAAUCAGGAUCUCGAUGAGGUCAUGGGUGAGGGUGUGGAGCAGGACUCGGAAGCGUCAGAUAUAUGGACCUCCGAAUCUCGCACACGACGAGGGGCAAGUGGGUCUCGACGGGAAAAACGUGCCAAGGGCCCUUGGGGAGGGUUGAAUGGGCGAGUCGGAGUUGAAUGA